AUGCACUUUCACCUACAGCCUCUCAUAGCCUCUCUUGCUGGUGCCAAGCUUCAAAUGGUUUGCAUGAUGCAGGCACCGCAACGUCAUUCCCGUAGCUCAUGGACCGACUCUGAGAUCAGGAUCUUCCUGCAGGAGUGGGAAGUAGUUGAACAGGAAGUGGGCCACACAGGCAAGAAGACGCAGAAGAAGACCAAGUUUCUUUGUCAGCGCCUCUAUCAUCGGGGCCUGAAGAAGAGCUGGAAAAGCUGUUUCCACCUACUGUGGAACCUGCAGGAUCUGCACAGGACUCUCUGUAAUGAGAGACCAGGGAUUGAACCCUUGUUUUCUCCUUAUGCAGAGGCCCUGUACAAGAUCCUGGGCUCCAGCCCCCAGGGAAGUCAUGUCCCAGGUUCUCUCUAUGAUGGGGCUGGUGACCCCAUGACCCCCGUGUACCCUCAGCCUCCCAGUUACAAGCCUUCGGAUUAUGGCAUCACUGUUCCUUCUGAGCAGCUUCAAGGGAAUCCGCCGCCAGUGAUGUCGCAGGAGGAUUCCCCAUUUCCCACGUGGGAGCCCUGGAAUCCCAGCUAUCCAUUGUCAGUUCCACACCUACUUCCUGGCUUUGUCCCAGGAAACCCCAACCUCCAGCAGCCAUGGUCAACCUGUGAUUUACACCAAGAUCCCCAAUGA